GGCCCAGGUAGCAGGUUCGGCUGCGCCGGGGCCGCGCGUCGGAGGUAAAUAUUAAGGCGGUGGGUGUGGGGCGCCGGGGCCGAACCGGGACGCGGGCUAGCCGAGCUGGGGAAGGGGCGACGCCCCGCCGCCCGAGUUUCCCCCUUUCCAGGGUGAGGAUGGUUUUGUACAACAACCUGGAGUUCAUUAGUUGAAAGGUGCGCUCUGUCGAGACAAGGCAUUUUGCUUUGCUGUCUUGUUACAGCAUGGACACCAAAUUGCUAAAAACGUGCUUUGGGACUGCCAGUGAAUUUAUCUUUUGUGGUUUUCCUACAAACUUAGUAGUUCCCUUUUUUUUGAGUUAAUAUUUCGGAGUUAAUGUCACCAUGAGUUCAGGCUUAUGGAGCCAAGAAAAAGUUACUUCACCCUACUGGGAAGAGCGGAUUUUUUAUUUGCUUCUUCAAGAAUGCAGUGUUACAGACAAACAAACGCAAAAGCUCCUUAAAGUACCAAAGGGGAGUAUAGGACAGUAUAUCCAAGAUCGUUCUGUGGGGCACUCGAGGAUUCCGUCUGCAAAAGGCAAGAAAAAUCAGAUUGGAUUAAAAAUCCUAGAGCAACCACACGCAGUUCUCUUUGUUGAUGAAAAGGAUGUUGUAGAAAUAAAUGAAAAAUUCACAGAGUUGCUUUUGGCAAUUACCAAUUGUGAAGAGAGGUUCAGCCUGUUUAAAAACAGAAACAGACUGAGUAAAGGCCUCCAGAUAGAUGUGGGCUGCCCUGUGAAAGUACAGCUGAGAUCCGGGGAAGAAAAAUUUCCUGGAGUUGUGCGCUUCAGAGGACCCUUAUUAGCAGAGAGGACAGUAUCGGGAAUAUUCUUUGGAGUAGAACUACUGGAAGAAGGCCGUGGCCAAGGUUUUACUGACGGGAUAUAUCAAGGGAAACAGCUUUUCCAGUGUGAUGAAGACUGUGGAGUGUUUGUUGCGUUGGACAAGCUAGAAAUCCUGGAAGAUGAUGACAAUGGAUUGGAAAGUGAUUAUGCAGGUCCAGGGGACACCGUGCAGAUGGAACUUCCGCCCCUGGAGAUAAACUCAAGAGUUUCUUUGAAGCUCGGAGAAACCACAGAGUCCGGCACAGUUAUAUUCUGCGACGUCUUGCCUGGGAAAGAAAGCUUAGGAUAUUUUGUCGGUGUGGACAUGGAUAAUCCUAUUGGCAACUGGGAUGGAAGAUUUGAUGGGGUGCAACUUUGUAGUUUUGCAAGUGUUGAAAGUACAAUUCUCUUGCAUAUCAAUGAUAUCAUCCCAGAUAGCGUGACACAGGAAAGGAGGCCUCCCAAACUUGCCUUUAUGUCAAGAGGUGUUGCGGACAAAGGUUCAUCCAGUCAUAAUAAACCAAAGGCUACAGGACCUACCUCAGACCCUGGAAAUAGAAACAGAUCUGAAUUAUUUUAUACCUUAAAUGGAUCUUCUGUUGACUCACAACCACAAUCCAAAUCAAAAAACACAUGGUACAUUGAUGAAGUUGCUGAAGACCCCGCAAAGUCACUUACAGAGAUAUCUCCAGACUUUGGACAUGCUUCACCACCACUGCAACCUCCUUCCAUGAACUCAUUAUCUACCGAGAACAGAUUUCACUCUUUACCAUUCAGUCUGACCAAGAUGCCCAAUGCCAAUGGAAGCAUUGGCCACAGCCCGCUUUCUCUGUCAGUUCAGUCCGUAAUGGGAGAGCUAAACAAUGCCCCUGUCCAGGAGAGUCCACCCUUGGCCAUGGCUUCUGGGAACUCCCAUGGUCUGGAAGUGGGCUCACUGGCUGAAGUUAAAGAGAAUCCUCCUUUCUAUGGGGUAAUUCGUUGGAUUGGUCAGCCGCCAGGACUCAACGAAGUGCUAGCUGGACUGGAACUGGAAGAUGAAUGUGCGGGCUGUACAGACGGAACCUUUAGGGGCACACGGUACUUCACUUGUGCCCUGAAGAAGGCGCUGUUUGUUAAGCUGAAGAGCUGCAGGCCCGACUCGAGAUUUGCAUCCCUGCAGCCAGUUUCCAAUCAGAUCGAACGCUGUAACUCGCUGGCAUUCGGAGGCUACUUGAGUGAAGUAGUGGAAGAAAAUACCCCACCCAAAAUGGAAAAAGAAGGUUUAGAGAUAAUGAUUGGAAAGAAGAAGGGUAUCCAGGGUCAUUACAAUUCUUGUUACUUAGACUCAACCUUAUUCUGCUUGUUUGCUUUUAGUUCUGUCCUGGACACUGUGCUACUUAGACCUAAAGAAAAGAAUGAUGUAGAAUAUUAUAGCGAAACGCAAGAGCUACUGAGGACGGAAAUUGUGAAUCCUCUGAGAAUAUACGGAUAUGUGUGUGCAACAAAGAUUAUGAAACUGAGGAAAAUACUUGAAAAAGUUGAGGCUGCGUCAGGAUUUACCUCGGAAGAAAAAGAUCCUGAAGAGUUCUUGAAUAUCCUGUUUCAUCAUAUUUUAAGGGUAGAACCAUUGUUAAAAAUAAGGUCAGCAGGUCAAAAAGUGCAAGAUUGUUACUUCUAUCAAAUUUUUAUGGAAAAAAAUGAGAAAGUUGGAGUUCCUACAAUUCAGCAAUUGUUAGAAUGGUCUUUUAUCAACAGUAACCUGAAGUUUGCAGAGGCACCAUCAUGUCUCAUUAUUCAGAUGCCUCGAUUUGGAAAAGACUUUAAACUGUUUAAAAAAAUUUUUCCUUCCCUGGAAUUAAAUAUAACUGAUUUACUUGAAGACACCCCCAGGCAGUGCCGGAUCUGCGGGGGGCUCGCCAUGUACGAGUGUAGAGAGUGUUAUGAUGAUCCCGACAUCUCAGCCGGAAACAUCAAGCAGUUUUGUAAAACCUGCAACACCCAAGUCCACCUCCAUCCCAAGAGGCUGAACCAUAAAUACAACCCAGUGUCGCUUCCCAAAGAUUUACCCGACUGGGACUGGAGGCACGGCUGCAUCCCCUGCCAGCAGAUGGAGCUGUUUGCUGUCCUCUGCAUAGAAACGAGCCACUAUGUUGCUUUCGUGAAGUACGGGAAGGACGACUCUGCCUGGCUCUUCUUUGACAGCAUGGCCGAUCGAGAUGGUGGUCAGAAUGGCUUCAACAUUCCUCAGGUUACCCCAUGCCCGGAAGUAGGAGAGUACUUGAAAAUGUCUCCGGAAGACCUACACUCCUUGGACUCCAGAAGAAUCCAAGGCUGUGCGCGAAGACUUCUCUGUGAUGCGUACAUGUGCAUGUACCAGAGUCCAACAAUGAGUCUGUACAAAUAAGUGGGGUCAUCUGGGCAGGGGCGGAAACCGAAUGCGAGGCUUUAGUGUUGCAUUUUACCUGAGCUGGCAGUCUUGUUCAGCAUCCGUUGCCGGCAAUGGAUGCCUUUGUGGUGAUGAUCCUUCAGAAAAGGAUUCCCGUGUUUAAAAAACAAAUUGCUUUUGUGUUACUGAAGUAUUUAAUAAGAAGCCUUUUGCACUCUAGAAAGUAUGUUUGUGUUGGUUUUUUAAGAAGUCUAAAUGAACUUAUUAAUCCCUGAAGCUUUAAGUUAAGUGCAUUGAUCAUAUGAUAUUUUUGGAAGCAUAAAAUUUUAAUUGUGACAGUUUAAAACCUCUUUUAGUCCAUUGAGAAUGUAAAUAAAUGUGUCUUCUUUAUGGACCAAGGAUAUGAAAUCAUUUUUCCUUUUAGCUAACGGUUGCCUUGAGGAAGAAAUAUUUUGGUUUUAUUAAGUGUCUGCUUUCAAUCCAGUUAUUAAAAUCGUACUGAGUUGGAUUUGUUAAUUCUUUCCUGUAUACUGCUGGUUUCUGCAUGUCAGCAAUCUGCCGAGUUUCUGUGUUUCUGCAGUAGUGGUCAGAAAAAUACUUAAAUUCCAUUCAUGGUGUUGUUUUCUGUUUGUUCUGCUUUUGAGAUCGAUCUAAGUGAUCUUGUCAUAAAACGUCUAUUUUUGAUGUAAUUUUCCUGGGGAUUAGACUGCACAGCAACUGAAGCUCUUCAUUCAUAGUUGUAACUGUCAGCUAAGAGGUUUUGGGGUUCUUUGUUUUUUGGUUUUUUGUUUUGUUUUUUUGGGGGGGGUGUUAAGGAACUCUAUUUUAUGGAACCGGGCACAAUGCAUUUUAUUAAAGGAUUGGGGUGAUAAAUAUAUUUCUACACAAAUAUAUGGUCCAUCAGAAAAUAAAUUUGAAUAUAGACUACUCAUUAAAACCUCCCUGAAGAGAUGUGUUGUCUGUGUAAACCUCUUCGUGUUGUAAGACCGUCCAGAACUUCAGUGAGCUCAGCCAGUCUGCUCACCAAAUGCAGUUUGAUUGCACAGGAGAUAAUGGCAGUUACGAUAUUUUAUGGAAAUGUUGGCAGCAGCUUUAUCCUCCUUCUGAUUACGUAGAAAAUGGAUGUUUUCUCAGCUAAUGUCCACAGUGUAUGUCUAGAGCCCAAGUGGAUGUCGUAGACUAGAACCACAGAUUAUAAAUGUUAGUGCUGUGGAAUGUGCUAUUGUGGUCUGUGUUUUCUUCGAGUGUUGUUGUCCUUCUGGAAAGACUUCCUAACCAUGCAGAAAGACAGAAAAGUUGUCAUGUGUAUAUAGCAUAUGACUUUAUAAAACAUUUAACGUCAAAACAAAGUGGAAAGCAUCUUUAUAAACCCUGCAAUUACUUUUUUUUUUUUUUAAAUCUCGUUUAGCUUUGGUUCUAUCAUUCCAUUUUGCUAAUAUUCAUUAGCUUUAUAAAUUGUAGUAAGGUACAAAAACUCAUUUUGUAAGUUUUUUCAUUUUUGAAAUGAAAAAGUACAUACGUUUUGCAUGCGGUUUUGCUAAAUGCUUGGGUGGGGUGGGGAGGUGGCUACUGAAUCAGGGGUUUGGGGGUGAGGAGCCCAGACUGUGGGGCUGGCUCUGCCCCUGCCCCCCCCCCCUCCCCUCGGGUACUAAGGGAAGGGCCUGGGGUGCACGAUGUCUGAGGCUCUGAUCUUCUGUAAGUCCAGUCACCCGUUAGUAAAUAGGUGUUGAGUGAAUAAAUGGAUGAAUGAGCAUAUCAAUGUGAUUUUUGAAAAGAUUAUUUGGAGGAAUGACUAGGAAUCUCUACCUAGAUGAGAUUGAUUGCAAUCUCUACCUAGAUGAGAUGAGAUAAAUUGAAGAGUUAAAAAAGAAGAGAAAGUUCCUUGUCCGUAAAAAUUAAAAUGCAAGUUCAAGAAGGUAUGUCCUGCCCAGCCUCUUGUGGCGGAAGACUUGAAGAAGAGCCGUCCGGGGCUCCCCAUCUCCCUCCACCCCCCCACCCCGCAUGGAGGCUCUUUCCAGGGGGCAGGGCCACAUCUGUCAGUUAUCUCUAAGGACAUUUCCUUCAGGUAGACCCGUACGUCUGUUUAGUGUUGCCUGGGGCAGGAGGCACUCGGGAUGCCAGGGCCAGCCGCAGUGCUCCGUGUGGAGGGCUGGGCUCUCCCCCUGGUCCUGGACGGUCCCUCUGGGCGGCCCCUCCUUGUCCCUGCCCCGGCACAGCUGCGUGGGAAGUGGGCGCCAUCAGGGCUGGGCUGUGUGGUACCAGUGGCUCACGCAUCUGCGGAUUUAUUUACAUUUUAGCCCUAGAUGUUCUCUAACAUGUUCCCGUUGGCUUUUAAAAUGCGUUGGUGAUCUCAUUUUCCUUAUCAUAUCCAAAAUCAAGAUGGCAAUAUAGUAGAAUUAUUUAUAACAUGGUUUGUGAUUCAUAGCUACAAAUAGAAAAUAUGACGAGUCCUGGUCCCCCACCUCCAACUAAAUUCACACUUGUAAGAGUGUGUGUGUGUGUGUGUGUAUUACCCCCUAUGUAUAUAUAUAUAUAUAUAUAUAUAUUUGGGGGGAGAGAGGGAGAGAGAGGAACCCUGUUGUGAUGUAGAGGCUAAAUGUAUUUCGUCCCUCCCAGUCAGCUUUAUAAAGGAGUUAUAGUUUGACUCCGUCCGGGGAAGAAUGUUUCGUAAGACUGAGAAAACACACUGAAAACCAAGAGAAACAGUAACAAAAUUCAGCACCAUAUAGUUGUUACAAUUGCUGAGGAUUACCUCCUUAGAAUAGUUGAGGAUCUUUAUAAUUCACAUUUGCCAAAUGUUAUAGGUAAAUGGCUUCUUUCUGUCCCUUGGAUCCAUUUAUUUUUUCACCUAACAUAAUUCAGGAACAAGGGGAAGACAUAGUAAUUAAUCUUAUGCAGCUUGUAUUGUCAUUCAAAGUCCCGUUGUUUGAACUUGGCGUCUUCAUAAGUUCAGGCUUCACUCCCCUCCUCUAGCUGGAUAUCCAGCUAGAUAAUUCUGCACCUGCUUGGGUGAUGGUAGGCAGAGAUGUGAGCCACUGGACAUUUAGGACUGUGGCAGAAGGAAUAGGAGACGUGGUCCUUGCCUCGAAACAGCUUAACACCUACUUCUGACAACGGGAUCCCUACAAAUGUUGGUGACGUGUGAGGGCGACAGGUCUCGGGGAAAGCGCUGGGACACAAACAGCAACAGAAAAACUAACGGACUGGGGGACAAGAGACCUGGUUCCACCCUUUUCUCUGGCCCGUACUGUUAGCCUGAGAGGACUUCUUGAUCUCUUUAGACCUUAGUGUCCUCUGUAUAACAAGGGCGUUGGAAUAUCGAAUUUCAUGGGGAAAAAAAUACAAACUUCUAGGUCCCGGGCAUGCCCGUUGGGUCUGACUCUUCAUGCGUGGAGCCUAGGAAAUUUGUUAGUAAAAGACCCCGCGAGGGGAGCCUGACCGCUGGCCAGAUUUGAAAACGACUGAGCUAAAAGAUCUCGAAAUUAUCUCUUCUUUUUGUGAUUGUGCGGUCAUGUAAUGUUAUCACAGUAAUUACAGAAAUGGGGGCAGUUGGAUGUUUGUCACAUUGUUUGUCUGGGUUUACAUAUGAAUUUACGUACGAAAUGCAUUUUAGUAUACAUAUACCUCAACCCCCUGUUUCCUAGAGGCUUUAGCGGUCUUUGGAGCACACAGAUCUUCAGAGGAUAUCCGAUGUUAUUGGCCUGAACACUUGUCUUCCAUUUUAUUUCUUUAGGGGGAAACCGAGGCUCGCUCUGGGUACCAAAGAAACGGGAGAAACAAAACUGUGGCAUGAAAGUAAAGAAUCGUUUCUCACUAUCUGCUACUUUAGGAUGAAACCUUUAACAUUUGUAUGAGAAGACUUUCCUCUGGGCUAAUGGGGCCCCUUGUCAUGAAGCCAAAAAUGUCCUUGUUAAAGUAGGUGGAGUGUGAUGCUUAACGUUAAAUAGAAGUCCUCCUUCUCUGGCAGUGAGUGAUGUUAGCCACGCACCCACGACCCCCCUUCAGCGAGAGGAACGCUUGGACCCCCCCCGAGGCGGGUGGGGCGUGUGGAGGAGGAGAGCGUGUGAACGUGGAAGCCAGUGCACAGAGGGGAGGGGGGAAGGACGGAAGGUCAACCCCUUCCCGCAUGGGGGUACACGGGGCUCACGGAAGACAGAGCUCCUGUGCGCCUCCUGGGGCGGGGGCGGGGGCGGGGACAGGUUGCGUCACGCUCAGAGAGACCAGGGCUGUAGAGGGCGAGGCUGCCUGCGGGGAGCGGAGGCUGCACCAGUCUGUUCUUCUAGAAGUUUCACCGGAGGGAAAAAGAGGAAAGGGGGCCCUUCGUCUCAUUCUACAUGCUGGGGCAGCUGCAGGGUGUCUCCGGAGUCAGAAAGCAGUGGUCAACAGCCAACCAGCACCGGACCCAAGGGUAGUGGGGACAUGGGUAAGGGGAUGCUCCCUCCCAACCGCAGUAGGGCUGGCGUUUGCAGGCCACUCCAGAGCCCGCGUGGUUUCCGGACCUUCGGUCUUGGGCGUCUUUGUUUGACCACACAGUAUGUUAGUCUCCCUGUCACGAGGUCAGGGGAAGGGCCAGUUAGGGUGGAGGGCUGUCCUUCCAAGCACCCCAGGCCUCACAUCUCUCUUGCACUUUUAAGUACUGUCCGCUUUUGCUUGGUACUUUUUCUGGAGAGAGGAGGUUGGAGACCUGACCGUCACUGGUUCUGUUCUGUAAAAUGGCCUGCAGUACCGUUGAGUUUUAACUCCAGAGAGUCUUAGUGUCCUGUCACAAGCAUUUUUUUUUUCUUUUUUAAGCCCGUUUGGAACUUCCCAGGGAAGUCGAGGUUAUUCGUAAAUGGGUAUAAAGGAGCACAUUUGUACUGCAUUUCGCGUAUCUGGUGUCUUGUUCAACCAUUGUUUUUUUCUUUUUGGCUUGAAGAAUAUGCCGUAUUUAUGAAGACAUUUCUUUAAAAAUAACACCACAUAAACUAUCCCUUUACGAUCAGAUUGCUCUGAUUUAGCCUUAAUUUUGUUAAACUUUUUAGAGAUGAAUGAAGUGCUCUGCUGUGGAAAGAAAUGUACUAUAUACUAUUUCUGUAUCAUUAAAACUAAAUUUUUAUGGUUC